AGGAUCCUCGAUGUUCAAGGAAUUUUUGAUCUCUCCCCUCCCCAAGAUUUUUUCCCAUUCAUGUUUGUUAUACUUGAAUCAUUGGAACAAUGCCAGACGAAUUCUUGUAUCGUGUUUUGAUUUGUAUAUGCCUGUAUAUUUUUCUUGUUGAUCGAUUAAUUUACACUGGUGCGAAACGAUGGGAUGGGAGUCCUGUUCCUUAUAGUACCCGCCUACAGGGUUGCUUCGUAUUUUUCUGCGUCAUCUCUAUAAUCUUUAUGUAUGUUUUCACAGCGCUUGCAGUAUUCGCGAUGAUUGGAGAGUUCAUAAUAUGGCUUUUGGGGGGACGUCGCAGUGUAAAACGAAUGACCCGUACUCUAAAGCGAAUUGCAACGAAGUUUGUUUGGAACAAUUUAAGCAUAAAUUUGCUAGAUAUGUAGUAUGUAGGUGCAGAAAAUCCAAGCUCCUAGAACUGAGAUUGGCACUACUUUCAAGCCCGUGCACCCACUAGGCUGCGCCUCUUUCUGCCUCCUUUUUCGUACAUUCCCGAGUUGGAAACUAGUGGGUGGCCCCUGGUAACUACCAAAAACCUCCACGCCCGAUGGCUCGGCAGUGAUAUGGGAGCACUCUCCGGGCGGGGGCGGACCCGUACUCUAAAGCGAACUGCACCAUACGUUUUUUCUUUUUGCGGACCAAAUUAAUACUACCAGCAGGAGCAAUAGCACGAUUAGACGCAUCGCACAACCAGAAAGAGCAAGUACUAGAAGUGGGUGCGGGCCCAAGAUGGGUAGAAGUCGUUCGACGUCUCCGGCUCGUAGCCGGUCGCCCUCGCCUGACCGCGAGGCCGCACGAGCGAAAUUGAUGCAACAAUCUGCCCGAGGUCAGGACUUGAUAGAAACGUUGGGUCUCAGUCUGAAUUAUGGUUCGAGUCGUCAAAUAAUGUUCGAAUAUAUAAUGCUCAUUUUUAGAAUGCCAGUACUGAUUUGAUGUUGUCCUUCGACUUUCAUCUACGUUUCUCAAUCGAGUAGAGCGGCCGUUUCAUCAAGACCAACUUCCAUCUUAAUAAACAUUUUCUAGUAAAAAAACUCCUACUAAUCUUCAUCUGCAACCUCUGCUCUACGGCUACUUACUUCUAACCCAAAAAGAAGCCAACGAUGUCAGAACUGAUGGACCAGAUUUCUUCGUCGAAAAGGGGACCACUACAUUUUCUGGGCAGAAAAAGUAAAGCCGCGGUCUUCGAGACACCAGCUGUUGAAGCGACUGAGAAUAAUUAUGCACGAAGCAAAGUUCCUAAUCUAGAAGGAAGGAACUACUGUCUUUGUGAUUGCAACUAACUGACUAUUCUUGUGACGAGUCACAAUCACAAAAAUAGUAGUAUAGUUACACAGCUACUGUUAGGAAGAUGUUUGCAAAUGUAACGCUAACCUUUUCCUUUUGUGACACAACAAUUGCCAACGUCUCGCCAACUACCUCUAACCUUCCAACGUGAACAAGUACAAGAACCAGACUCGAGGUCCACAGCGUGCUCCUGGGCCGAGAGUGGACGACUUCAUAAUCCCAAAAGACCCAGUCGCACUAAUGAACCCCAAAGAGUUGCAGGAAAUGCGCAGACGAAUUUCUGGUAAUGUCGAUCUCUCAAUGCGCGAGAAAGGAUGGAAGGCGGCGGAUAAAGUUUUAUGGUUUUGCUCUAGUAUUAUUUAGGAGAUAGGUGAGAUCGUACAUUAUUGCAUGAUCGUCUAGAAAUUCAUCCACUACAAUCGUCUACGUUGUAGAAGUAGCUCUAGCCUCUAGCUAAUAGAUUAUAGGAGAUAGAAGAUCAAGAAAUAGAAAAGAAUAAGAACCACAUAGUACUAGAAUCCAGCACUUGUCCCAUCAUAAUCCAUCUCUUCUAACAUCUUGUCGAAUCUUCGAAGAAGAGCCAAAGUUCUUGAAGCAUGAAAAGCCAGACCUAACCGUUUGGGAGAUCGAAAAAUUACCACCAAAAUAUGCGCAUCGGACCAGGAAUAGCUAUCGAAAUUUGCCUACUGACGGAAGAGCGCUGUUGCGGCUGUAUUUGAUGGACUUUUCGUCUUCUAGCCUUGUUGACGUAGCACUCAAAUUAUAACAGAUCCUUUCCUGACCGAGCUUGAUGAAUACCACGCUCACACCAGGUGAAAGUUGUGAAUACGUUUACCUACUUCUCGAUCUUCGUCUUUCAGGAAUUGUCCUCACGUUUCCGAUCUACACGUUGUCCGCAUCGCUGACCGUGGAACGACUCAAGAAGCCAAUCGACGGAUAGACCUUGCGAAAGAGAUCGAGGCCAGGCAGCAUCCUCUUUACGUCAACAAAGAACGGCUCGCAGCUUAUCAAGCAGAGUGUCAGAAGCGUGCCCAUGCUCGCUACAUGCUAGAAGAAAAACGAGAGCGGAUUGCCCGUGAGGGAGCAACAGAUGAUCAUGAACAGACAAUGAUCUCAGGACGUGACAUUGUUACUCAUCUUCAAAAUACAACUUCAUCUUCUUCUGCUGACCGUCCUUCUGCUGACCCCCAUCAUAGUUGUGCGGGACAAGACCUCACAGAUCCACCUUAUCCCAGACUCGUGAAGCUGAAAGGUGAAUUCGGGAAGCAGAAAGCGCUGGUUUCUGAUUCGCGGACAGUGUGGAAGACACAAGCAUACAACUACCGUUAAGGUUUCUACACAAUCUUUACUUACUUUAGAAGCAUCCACAUCGAUUUCGAUCCUCAUCCUGGGACCUCCGUGUUGAAGUGGCGGACCUAAAAAAUAGUUGUUCCAGGAUGCACUUACUCUCAAAGAUGAUAACAUAUUUUUAUGGAAGAUGUUGAUCUUGAUGCAUGAGUUUUAUUUUUAUUUGCGCUGUAGAUUGUUUGAUGUUGGUCUCUCUCGGAACGAGAUCUACUUACAUGAUCUAAUACUGGUCCUUUGGUGAACGUUAUCCAGUAUGGAAAGCGGAGGAGCAUUUGGAGGUCUUCGAGAAGCCUGGCGGGUACUACGAGAAGUCGAUAGCACUCCAGAAACAGAUUGACCAGCACAACGUGGUGGAAGCGCGAGCACGUGAACAGGAAAGAUUAGAGGAUGAAGAGCUUGAAAGAAUGCUAUUCGGAAACGAAAAGAAAAUAUAAACGAUGAGGACGAUAUGUAAGAUUAAGUCAAGUUUUUAUGUGGUACCACCUGUAUUGGAAAACGUGAACGUCUUGAUGAAAAAUGUCAAUGCCAUGAAGAAUAUCCGGGGAAUGUACAUACUUUGAAUUCAUAAUGAAAGACAAAUGAAUAUUAGUAUUGAGUAGCAGUAGACAUGUAGCAUUUCGUUUUGAUUACCAAAUCAAAUAUCAAAUAUAUAGCAGAAGUAGUACAUAAUUGGAACAAAAGGAAGAAAUUUCAAGGAAGUCAGGUACUAUACAUCAUGAUCUUGAGCUCGAUCGUAGGGAUAAGAUGUAUCAUGACCUUCGUGUGUAUAAUUUGGAAGUUACUUCUGAACGUGUAGAUAUCAUGCUAAUCUUUGACACCUACCCACGACUGUAUAAAUUGUCAAAAAGCUAAUCUCUACAAGCUUGUAUUUCAAUGUUUGUGCUGAUAAUUGUCAUGACCAUGCCAUUCUAUUACUUACUCAAAUGUCAACAUAAGAUAUGCCGCGUGUAAUUCUUGCAUAGAAUCUAAGAUCAAUCCAUCAUUGUGUAUUGGGAAAAUGAAAAAGAACGAUAGAUGAAUGCCAGCCUCAUCUAGGUUGUACAUCGACAAGAAGCUAAAGAAUAUCGCAGCUCUUUGCAAAAACACGAAUUCCUCAUUCACUCACGCUGCUCUGACUGUCUUAUGUUCUGAUUGUAUCGGGUGUUAUGAACAUUUAAUCUCCAUGCUGUAAUACCGAAAAGGUUCUCGUCC